AUGGAAACUCUCACCAGCUGCAAGACUGCCUCCCUCUCUGAGCUGGUGCCCAAGGGUUACCUGACUCAGAUCUUCCAAAGCUGCCCUGAGGUAGAAGGCCUGGCUGGGGAGGUGGAGCCGGAGGAUUCUGAGCAGUAUGACUUGAGUUCCAGGGAUGAGAGUGGUCAAAACAAGAAGAAAAACAAAGUCAACAAGAUCUGGAAUUUUGUGAGUCGCAGAAAAGGGCCUUCCUGUCAGGGGAAGCGACCCCAGUCCAUGAUUUUAUUGGGAGACACCUCUAAGUCAUCAGAGUUGAAACCUAAAGUCACGUUAAUGGAUCGGAUGAAAUCUUUCAAGAGGUUGAAGACUUCCAUUGGGGCCUCUAAGAAUACUGCUCCUAGGAGCAGCAAGCCCCAGGAACCCCAGGAGUUCUCAAGUAAUUACCACGUGAGGAAGGCUGAGCAGACCCCAAAGCCCUUCCGCCAUUCUUAUGCAGGCCACAUUGAGGUCCUGGAGCCCUUCCUUCCAGAGGCACAGAGGCUUGUGCACACCCCCAAUAGGGAAAAUCAGAAAGAGUGGACCUUCAAAGACUCUGGUAUUCAAGUGGAGGAAGGACCUUGUGAGAAAGAGGCCCCUGGGCAGCCUGGUGGCAGAGGCGGCAAGUGGGCUAGGAGCUAUCUGAAAAACAUGUUCCCUGGGGACCCUGAGGCUCUACAAAUAUCAGCCAGAAACUCCAGAAUUCAGGAACUCAAGGUCAUCAUUGAGGGCUCCAACUUGGAAGGGAACGUGGAAGAAGGCUAUGAGGAAAGUCCUGGGCACCUGCGCCGAGACAAGGCUACAUCUUUUGGUGGUGUUGUUAAGUUUUUCAGCAACAUGGCCGAGGUGGCCCGCAAGUGGCGGGCAUUCUCCCGAGAAGAGCCCCAGAUGGGCUGCCAACGCCGCUGCCACCCACGCCGCGAGGCCUACUUGGUCCGGGACACCCAAGGCUUCAUUCUGAAGGGUGCUGUUUCCCAGGACUACUCCCAGGUAAACUUGCCCUUCAGGCCCCCUGAGGUUGCACUGUGUGGCAGUGCCAUUGGGAGGCACCAGCACUGCCACCUCAAUGCCUCACAGGCCUCAUGCACCUUUCAGAUGAGCAUUGAAGGAAAGAAGAUGUUGGGCCAAGCCUUGGAAGAUCACUGUUCUACUGCUGCCUUGGCCUGGAUGUCAACCUCCACUGCCUUUGAAUUCCAGAAUGAUCCCACCCCACAGAAAGGCUACAGUUGCCACUACAAUGCUGCCUUCACCAGGGAGCACUGCUCCUCUGAAGAGCUUGAAGAAGAUACUGAGACUGUAGUCAACUUCCUCAAGGAAGAUGACAGUGCUGGAGGGUCCCCUGAGCUCGGCACCUGCUCCAGGAGGGCUGUCACUCAAGCUGUUGUGGAGAAGCUAGAGGAGAACCUCAGCAAGAUGGAAGAGCAAGAAGCCAGCAGGGGGCCCACAGGGUCCAGUCAGGCAGGACAGCCCCACAAGUCUGAUUUGGAUAUGGAUGCAGCAGAUACAGAGAGUGAAGCCAGCAAGGCCUGCACUGGAGUUUCCAAUACUCAGGCUUUCUUACCCCCAGCUGAACCAUCACCAAAAACUCUACCCCUCAAAGUCCUCCUGGCAAAAUGCCAAUCUCUGCCUAUCUCAUGGAGUGAUCCUUUGGAGUUGGAUCAAAUGUACUGGAGGAGACGCAGGAAGCUUUGCACAGGUAACUUGGACCAUGGCUUCAAGACACUAGAAAGCUGCAAGAACAUUGGUGGACACUGGAAGCCCCAGGGACCAGGAAACAAGCAAGUCAAUGAAGUAAGAACUCUUUCUUAG